AUGUCUUCUCCACUCGCCGCAAAAUCCAACCCAACGACUCGCUCCAUUUCGUUAAACACCCCACACUCAGCUCGUCCCAACCGCCACCACGAUCUCCGGUACAGCCUCUCCGCUGGUCCUCGUACGAACGAAGAUCGUCCGCAGUCUGGAAACGGCGUUGCCGGAAUCCUCUACAAAUGGAUAAACUACGGCCAAGGAUGGAAACGGCGGUGGUUUGUUCUCCAGGACGGUGUGUUGUCGUAUUACAGAAUCCACGGUCCGGAUAAGAUCUCUCUCUCCGUGGAAAUGGAUCGGAGAUCGAAGCUGAUCGGCGGUGAAUCCUUGCGGUUCAUAUGCCGUCAUAGCAAACGUGCUGAUGUGCAUAGUCCUGGCAAACCGCUCGGUCAAAUUCACCUCAAGGUCUCAUCAAUCGGACAAGGCAUAUCAGACAGCAAGAGAUUCACUGUAUUUACUGGUACAAAGAGUCUGCAUUUACGAGCAGCAUCAAGUGAAGAUCGUACAGCUUGGAUCGAAGCUUUGCGUGCUGUUAAAGAAACGUUUCCAAGAAUGUCAAACGAAGAGUUAAUGGCAACGACAACUAAUGUAUCAAUCUCGACCGAUAAGCUAAGACAAAGAUUAAUGAAAGAAGAAGUUGACGAGACAAUCAUCAAAGAUUGCGAAGAUAUAAUGAAAAACAACUUCAUCGCAUUGCAUAAUGAGGUCAUGACGCUUAAACAGUAUCAGUGUCAUCUUGUGGAUACUCUCAAGAACGUUAAUAGUGUACCAGAGCUCGAGUAACAGUUUUUGUAUGAGUUAUCUAUCUCGUCGUUUUAAUUUAUCAUCAGUGAUGUUUAAAGUUGUUCUUUUCAUAGAAAUAAAAUUUGCAUAAGGUGAGAUCAUUUAUUUUAUAAUAUUAUUAGACCUUGUAAUGUGGGUAUUUGUAAAUUCAAUGAGCUUAGACUUUCUAAAUAAUGGAGUUUAUAGCCGGUUCAGUUAAAAGUUUAGAGCAUCAUUAGUGGUGUAGUCUCUUCAUAGAGUAUCUAGUGAAUUUAAUAAUUAUAUUGUUUUGCUAUAUAAUUAGAACUAAAUGAAAAAUAAAAGAAACCAUUCAUUUUAUUGACACAUAGCAUUUUAGUCUCUUAUAAUUUGUGUUGAGUUGCUAAAGAAAAUAACGUUCUACUGCUUUCAUUUAUUUUUUUCAACCUUUUUUUAACAAUUUAAUGUUGAGAGAUAUUGGAAAAAACAUAUCGUUGUUCAUGCUCUUAGCUAAAUAUUGUAUUAAAACUAUUAUAUAAUGUAAAACAAAAUUGUGGAUUCAAAAUAUUCAAUAGAAAUUUUGGAAUGGAAUAACAUACAGAAUUUUGUUAAAAAAAAAAGGAAUAACAUACAGAACAACCAAAAAUUGAGAAUACAACAAUUUAAUGGAAACUAGGUGACCGAUCCGCACCCUGUGCGGGUACAAAAACAUGACCGGUCCGCACCCUGUGUUCCCUCUCGGCCUGCACCUCACGAGAGGGAACACAGUAACGUCAGUAUAAAGAGGCAGAUAUUGUGUGUAUGUAUAAUUGCAACGUUACAAAAUAUUUUGUGUGUUUACGAAGAUACUUUCAUUCAAAAAAUGGAAUAAAUAGUGUAUAGUUUUAGAAGUAACAGAUUUUAUA